ACUAAUUUUAAAAAAGGGCAGUAACAUUUCCAGGAAGGACGAGAGGAGGAAAUCAAAAGUGAAACUAUAUUGCCAAAGGGGUGGACCUUCAAACUGCUGAUCGAGAGGAGAAGCCAUUAUCUACUUGUCACAGAGCAUAUCACGGCACGGUGGCUCUUUCAGACUGCAACUGAAGUCUUGGUUCAGAUCCAACUCCUGGUGUGAAAUGAGUACAGAAUUCCGCAAAGUGCUUUUUGAAAUUUCUGAGGCUUUGGUCACAGACGAACUGGACGGUCUUAAAUUCCUCAGCCAGGAGCAUGUCGCCAGGAGGAGGCUGGAAGCCAUCGAGGAGCCCAAGGCCUUCUUCGAAGCGCUGCAGGAGAAAGACAUGAUCGGGGUGAGGAAUCUGUCCUUCCUGAAGGAGCUGCUCUACCGGAUCAAUCGGAUCGACCUCCUGACUGCCCACCUGGGCUCCAGCCGGGAGGAGAUGGAGAGAGAGCUGCAGGUCCAGGGCAGGGCACAGGUGUCAGCUUACAGGCAACUGCUGUAUGGAAUUGCAGAGAACUUGAUUCCAGGAGACGUCAGAAGUGUGAAGUUCCUGCUCCAAAAACAAUUACCAAAGAACAAGCUCCAGGAAAAUGCUUCAAUGUUGCAGGUCUUUCAGGAAAUGGAAAUAAAUGGGUUAAUUAAAGAAGAUAACCUCACAAUGCUGAAAGAUAUAUUACAGAAAGUUAGACCUGACCUAAAGAGAAAAAUUGAUGCCUAUGAAGUAAAAAAAAAAGAAAAUUAUUCUAGGGAAGAAGUCCGUUAUCCUGUGUCUGUGUCUGCACGUCCAGGAGCAGAGGGGGAGGCAGCAAAACAGCAUGGGAAAAUAUAUAAGAUGAAAAAUAACCCCCAUGGUUACUGUUUAAUUCUUAACAACCACAUUUUUAAAAAUCCACUUCUCAAUAGAGAGGGAACAUUGCAUGACGGAGAGGCUGUGAAGAGGGUUUUUGAGUGGCUUCAGUUUGAGACAGUUGAGUACAUGGAUCUAGAAGGAAAAAAAAUACGUGAGACAGUUAAAGAAUACAGCAAAAGAGAUCACAGAAAUAUGGACUGUUUUGUUUGUUUCAUUUUCUCCCAUGGUGAAAAAGACAAAAUAAAAGGUGUUGAUGAUGAGUGCGUAAAUAUUGAAGAAUUAGUCUCCUGCUUCACUGGAACUAAUUGUCCUUCUCUCGCUGGCAAACCCAAGGUGUUUAUCAUCCAGGCUUGCCAAGGCUCUAGACAUCAUCCAUCUGUUACAGUAGAAGCAGACUCUUGAGGANAUCUUGAGGUGGAUGCUAGUCCUUCGAUUUCCAUUCCUGAUAGGGCUGAUAUUCU